CGGAGUCGCAAUGGAGGGGCAGCCGCCUUCGCUACCGCGGAGCCCAACGGGGGACAAUCCCGGGCCCAGAGAGCUGGGGAGGGGGCACGAGGACGAGGACGAGGACGCUAUGGAUGCCUUCCUGGACAAGUUCCGCAGCCAGCCGUACCGGGGACGCCUGCACGAGGACACGUGGGAGCAGGAGUUUGAUAAGAUCCCAAUGUUCAUGAAGAAAGCCCCAACGGAAAUCAAUCCCCAAGAGACCCCCGAGUUGGCCUGUCUGCAGUCCAUUAUUUUCGAUGACGAGAGAUCUCCCGAAGAGCAAGCCAAGACCUAUAAGGAUGAGGGCAAUGAUUACUUUAAGGACAAAGACUACAAGAAAGCCGUGGUUUCCUACACAGAAGGCCUGAAGAAGAAGUGCUCGGAUGCUGACCUGAACGCUGUGCUCCUCACCAACCGGGCAGCUGCCCAGUUUCACUUGGGCAACCUGCGCUCGGCUCUGAAUGACGUCACAGCGGCCAGAAAGCUCAAACCGGACCACCUCAAAGCCAUCAUCAGAGAGCCCCGGCCCUUUCCCUUUCAGAGAGUUGAAGAACGGGACAUCCGGAAGGCCAAGGUGAAGGAGAGGAAGGAGGCGGCCCAGAAGGGGGCGCUGCUCCUCGCCAUCCAGACCAGGAACAUCCGGCUGAGGGACGCCGACGAGCCAACAUCGGACGAUUCGGACGAUCCGGACGAUCUGGACGGAGCAUCCCCGCGCACCGGCCUGGGCUCUGAGAACGCCGCGGGGGCCGCCGUGUCUCUGGGCGAUGACGGCCGGCUCCGCUGGCCCGCGCUGCUGCUGUACCCCGAGCACGGCCAGACGGACUUCAUCGCGGCCUUCCACGAGGACUCCAGGUUCAUCGAUCACCUCCUGGUCAUGUUCGGGGAACUGCCUCCGUGGGACGUGGAGCAAAAAUACCAGCCAGAUAAUCUCGAGCUCUACUUUGAAGAUGAUGCCCAGGAGGAGCUGCACCAGCUGAGCCCAGAGAGCACCUUGUUGGAGGCCCUGCAGCACCCCAGGUACGUUGUAAAAGCCUCCACUCCGGCCUUCCUGGUCUUGGUCAAACAGUCUCCUUUCUGCAAGAGUUUCCUCCGGGGCAGAAAGGUGCAUCGGCUGAAGUGAUGGAGCCACCCGUCAGUAGGCCUCAUGGGACCAGCAGCGCUCCCAGGACCCGGGCUCCCCUCAGCCUCAACCUGAAGAAAAGAGGCAGAAGGGAAGGAGGCGGACGACACCAGGCCGCUGGGAAAUGGCCAGCACACGGGUCAGGCCCCUGGGCACGAGGGUCUCAGAGUGGCGGCUGGGCCCUUCUCAAAGCCCUCUGCCCAUUCCUGAGAGGCCCUUAGCAGGCCACAGCUUUCAUAUAACUUAUUCUUUUGAAAAUCAGUUUAUUACCAACUUAAUCACCAUCUCCAUGAAAACAAAACAAUAAAACCGUACUUGAAG